AUGAAUAUCCAAAAUUAUGCAACUCCCAAACGUUCCUGUGCCAGCAAUCGUCCGGAACAGCAGGGCAGUUUGCAACUAUUUUCUGUUCCACCGCCUACAAUUCCACCACCAAACGGUGUGCCGCUGCUGAUGAUUCCGUCCCCAAUGUCUCCGAUAUGGCUAUUCGCAAAUCCCACGGCGUAUGACCGGAUGCAGUUUAAUUUCAGUUGCUCGUCCGGUGGUAAUUCGUUCCUAAGCAACCACCAACAAGUUGCAUCUGCUCUCGGACCAUCGUCAUCAUCGAUAAUGUCGUCUUCAUACGAAUUCAGAAUGUCGAGCAUGAUCCAGAACAAUCCGUCCAACAUGGUUGCCACCGUUCCGGAACCCGAUACCGCAAUAAGCACCAUAUCAUUGGAGAAAAAAUCACCCGUGUGUCUGCUCGACCAAUUCCCAGAGCUAAUUCGGACAGCUAUGGAGGGCUGCAAGAAAGCGGAACAACUUGCGCAAAACCAUCAGAAACGGCCCUGCUUUAAGAAGAUCGAUAGUCUAUGCGCUCGGCUCAAGCAGGACCUGCUAAAGGCAGAUAACGUAAUGUCCAACAUCAACUCGCAGGGGUUGGCCUGGGCGGUGAAAGAUUUCAUCUUCGUGUUUACCCGCAUCAUGAACGCGUGGACUAUCAUCAAGGGGUACGUAACGAACAAACCGGAAGGCAUGCUGAUGAUCCAGCGUGAACUCUGUCCAAACUUUCUGGAUGCAUUCGGACGCUGGCAUGAGGCAACGCACGAGCUCAUUCAUUCGCUCAUACAAUCGUUCACUAACUUGAACAAGCUGGCAAAGCAACAGCGCAGCGGUGGGAAUAUGUUUUCCAAACCCGAUGAACAAUCGUCUGCAUCUUCCGGUGAGGGCGCUUCAGGGGGUGAGCUCGAUCUGCUCGGUGAGAUCGGAGAAACUGAGUCACUCAACACGCUCGGCGAAGGAUCAUACAUUAAGGCGGGAAUUUAUCGAUUCAAUCCCCCACCCGGAUUCGAGGAUAAAAUACCGACUGGACAGCAACAACGCGCGGAAGAAUCGCCGGAUGGUUCGAUUAGUCCAAAGCAUGCUACGAUUAUCAAUAGCAAUGAAUCCGGUAACACAGUCAGUCCGAACAAUGCACGUCAGGAGAUGGAGAAUUUCUUGCGAAAAACUUCAUCCCAGUGCAUCAAAUGGGUGGUGGAUGAAGUUCGGGCGAUCGAGGAAGGACAAUACUUCUAUUGCAUUAAUUUUGCGAAUAAUUAUUUUCCCGAUUUCCAUCUGAUUGCACCGGACAUGAUAGACUUACGCCAAGUUUAUCGGAAGCAUCAUGCUGGUCAGUAUACGAUGAUGGUUGAGCUGAUUGAUGAUUUACAGCAAAUGGUAGAUACCUGCAAGCGGUACGUGGAAGUGUCAACAGAGUUCGAGAUUUGGACACCGAGCGAUUCGGUUCCGGACAGUUGCAGUCCCGUACAGCGACAGGAAUGGGAAAAUUUUCCAAAAAUUCAAAAUUUUAUUGCUAAAAUGGAACGUCUGUUGUCCCAGAUCCGGGCGAAAGAACGCUCAAUAAUGGUGGAUCGUGUUACGGAUGGUGGUCGAUCGCUUAAUUGUGGCACGGAUGAUGGUGUCGAAUCGCAGCAACGGGAAUUAACAUAA